AUGGUUAGAGAUGGAAUAGUGCUUGGACAUAGAAUCUCAGAGAGAGGCAUAGAAGUUGACAAGGCCAAGAUUGAAGUAAUGACAAACCUUCAGCCGCCCAAGACAGUCAAAGAUAUCAGAAGCUUCCUAGGACAUGCUGGAUUCUACAGGAGGUUCAUUAAAGAUUUCUCACAGAUAGCAAGGCCGCUAACACGCCUAUUAUGCAAGGAUAUUAACUUUGAGUUCACAGAGGAGUGUCACAAGGCUUUCACUAAGAUCAAAGAUGCAUUGGUCAGUGCGCCAGUGGUUCAACCUCCAAACUGGGAACUACCUUUUGAGAUAAUGUGUGAUGCAAGUGAUUAUGCAGUAGGAGCAGUGCUUGGACAAAGAAAAGACAAGAAGCUACAUGUGAUCUAUUAUGCCAGCAGAACACUUGAUGAGGCACAAUGCAAGCUACCUGAAGAAACAGUUUAUGCAGCUGAAGCUAGCAAUAAGCAUGGACAACUAAGCCAUCACAGGCCAGGAACAAAGAUCUCAUCAUCAAACACACCAUGGUUUCGCCACAUAGCAAACUUCCUUGCAGCUGAAUACCCACCACCAAACUUCUUUGGCUACAGAAAGAAGAAUUUCUGCGUGAUGCACUUUGCCACUUACAAGACAGUAUCCAAGGUCCUACAAGCUGGAUUUUGGUGGCCAACUAUGUUUAAGGAUGCUCAUGCAUUCAUAUCAAGAUGUGAUGCUUGCCAAAGAAUGGGAAAUAUAAGCAAGAGGAAUGAGAUGCCACAGAACUUUAUACUAGAAGUUGAAGUUUUUGAUGUUUGGGGCAUUGACUUUAUGGGACCCUUCCCAACCUCUUUUGGUGACCAAUACAUUCUAGUGGCAGUUGAUUAUGUCUCCAAAUGGGUGGAAGCCAUCGCCAGCCCUACUAAUGACGCACAAGUGGUCAUCAAGAUGUUUAAAUCCAUCAUUUUUCCAAGGUUUGGAGUGCCUAGGAUAGUCAUAAGUGAUGGAGGUUCACAUUUCAUCAACAGAAUCUUUGCCAACCUUUUGAAGAAGCAUGGAGUCACUCACAAAGUUGCCUCUCCUUACCACCCUCAAACUAGUGGACAAGUUGAGAUCUCAAACAGAGAACUCAAGAGCAUACUUCAGAAGACAACAGGCAAGACAAGAAAGGAUUGGAGUGCCAAACUAGAUGAUGCUCUAUGGGCAUACCGCACUGCCUUCAAAACACCACUUGGAGUUGAACUUCAACCUAAAGACAGCAGGAGAAAGAAGAUUGAUUCAGCUAAUGAGCUUGAUGAGAUUAGGCAUCUGGCUUAUGAGAAUUCAAAGAUCUAUAAGGAGAGAACCAAAGCUUUCCAUGACCGCAAGAUCAUCCCAAAGAACUUCGCGCCAAACGACCAAGUUCUACUAUUCAACUCAAGGUUGAAACUCUUUCCAGGAAAGCUUCGCUCAAGAUGGUCAGGACCAUUCAGGAUUAAAGAAGUUCGCCCCUAUGGAGCAGUGGUACUAUGGGACCCAAUGGGAGGAGACUUUACAGUCAAUGGACAAAGGUUAAAACCCUACCUAGCUUCCACCACCAUACCACAGGAGACCACACUGGCUCUUGGCGAUCCACCAGAUCCUUAA